UAACCAAAACGAAUCAGAUAAAAAACAAGAAAAAUCCAUGAAAUUCACGAUUGGCGGACAAACUCAUUUGCAAUUGUUUACAACGGAAUAGUGAUAGUUCCCCACUCAAAGCGGCGGCCCCCCAGGCACCUAGGCGACAGACGAUAGACGUAUUUUUGUGGUGUGUGGAAGGUAGAAUCAUCCAUCACAUACGCACACACACACACACACACAUACACAUACACACGCUCGCUCUACUAUUUCACGCAGCAAAGGAGCUACAAUUUUGAAAGAAGAAUCCGUCAGUGGAAGAGGAAGCUACGCUAAAAUCAAGUACAACUACAAUUUAAACGAAAAGGCCAAAACCGUCACAGUAGCAGAGGAGGCAGAGGAUCCACACAAUAGCAUUAGAAGCAGCAGCAUUAACAUCAUCAUCCAAGCAACAGCGCCACCGGAGCAGCAGCAGACCCAGCAGCAAGAUCCACAGAUUCCAAAGCCAGGAGAAAUACCAGCAAUAUCGCAGCAAUACUAGUGCCACCAGCCCCAGCCCCAGAGCCCCCCAAAUCAUCAAAGAUGAGCAUGGAAAAGGUUGCAACCAAACAAUAUGAAUCGAAAGUCUGGCCGGAUCUUGUCGACAGUGACGACAGCGACGUAGAGAAUGAAAUAGAUGUGGAAAAAUUACCGCCGCUGGAGGUGGGGCCCAAUGAGAAUCGCCUGCAGCACACAUACUGCCUUUGGUUCUCGCGAAAGGGGACACAGCGGGCCGCCACGGACUAUAGCAAAUCGCUGCACGUGGUCGGAAGGUGUGCAAGUGUCCAGCAAUGGUGGUCCCUCUACUCGCAUCUGAUCCGGCCGACUGCCCUGAAGCCGUACCGAGAGCUGUCCCUAUUCAAACAAGGCAUCAAACCGAUGUGGGAGGAUCCGGCGAAUAGUAAAGGCGGCCAAUGGCUGAUAAGAUUGCGCAAAAACAAAAUUGAACGUGCCUGGGAGAAUGUCUGCAUGGCGAUGCUGGGUGAGCAAUUUCUGGUGGGUGACGAGAUAUGCGGCAUAGUGCUGCAGACAAAGUAUCCGGAGGAUAGCUUAUCAGUAUGGAACCGGACUGCCACUGAUAUGACCAGUACAACACGUAUCCGUGAUACGUUACGCAGGAUAUUAAAUAUACCUAUAACAACUACAAUGGAGUAUAAGAUACACUGUGAUAGCCUUAAAUAUGUUUCAAAUAAUAAAGGCACAUUGAAAAGCUGAAAUUCAAUGAAUAACUAUAAACCACAAAAGAGAAACAAAAACAAUAAUUUUACAAACAGAUAAUACAAGUCACUAGUAAACGAACCAGCAAAGACAACAGCAAUAGUAUCAAAAGCUACGAACACACACCAGACCACACCACACCACACCACACCGCCCCUACAGUGAGUGAGUGAGCCUCAGGAUCAGGAGGAUCAUCAUCAUAACAUCUGGAUGCACUUCGGAGCUCCUCACCAUCACCACGGAAUCCCCAUGAACAGCAUGACAAAUUAUAUUUAAGCGCUAAUAAGACAAAUCUUUGUAUUUUUAAAUGAGACCUUACAAAGUGUGUGUAUAUAUGAAACGCAAUGAAUAUUUUAGUUUGUAUGUAUAAAGUUUUAAAUUAGGCCUUCAUUCCCUCAAUUAAAGAUCAAAGUUUUACA